UGGCUUAUUUUAUUUAAUAUUGUGAUUUAUCAAUUUUAUUAAAUUACUGCAGCUUGUAAAUCAUGGAGUAAGCUCUUCUAUGUUGGAGAAUGUAAAGAAAGGGGCUCAGGAUUUGUUUAACCUUCCAAUGGAAGAAAAGAAAAAAUAUUGGCAGUACUCAGGAGAAAUGGGAGAAAUGGAAGGAUUUAGCAAGGCCUUUGUUUUCUCGGAGGAGCAAGAGCUUGAUUGGGGUGAUCUCUUCUUCAUUGUAACCCAACCACCCCAUUUGAGAAAGCCCCAUCUGUUCCCGAAGCUCCCACUUCCGUUCAGAGAAGCAUUGGAACUUUACUCAUUGGAAUUGAAAAAUCUAGCCAUGGCUAUCUUAAGAAAGUUGGCUAAAGCUCUUCACAUGGAAACCAGCGAAAUGGAAGAGAUUUUUGAGGAGGGUUCACAGUUUAUAAGAAUUAAUUAUUACCCGCCAUGCCCACAACCAGACAUGGCCAUUGGUCUCAGUCCUCAUUCUGAUGGUAGUGCUCUCACCAUCCUCCUUCAUGUGAAUGAAGUAGAAGGCCUCCAAGUAAAGAAAGAUGGCAAAUGGGUCCCCGUUAAGCCUCUCCAAAACGCCUUCAUUGUCAAUGUCGGAGACAGUUUAGAGAUUGUGACAAAUGGAGCUUAUCGAAGCAUCGAGCAUCGCGUAACAGUUAACUCUGUAAUGGAAAGGCUCACUAUUGGCACGUUUUACAAUUCAAAAUAUGAUGGGGAAAUAGGGCCAGCAAGAAGCUUGAUCUCUCAGGAGAAACCAGCAUUGUUCAGGAGAAUCACCUAUGAAGAAUACAGGAGGGUAAAGGUUGGUAGCAAGCUUAAUGGAAAAUCUCACCUUGAUACCUUUAGAUUGUAAAAUGGCUAAUUGGACUCAGGCCAAUGAAUGAUGUAGUCAUGUUUCAUGCAGCAGUGUUAUGUUGAAUAAUAAAGGAACAUUGAGUCA